AACCUUUCUCAGGCACCCCACUUCCUGCCGCUUGACGGGGGCGGCGCCUCGAACUCUGUUGGCGAACAGCGUCGGCAGGCCGCGUCGUGGCGUCGCCCGGGCGUGGGCGGCCGGGCGAGGGAUACCGCCGGCCGUGCUUGCGUCUGGCAUAGCCGAUCCGCAGAGGGCGACGGUGCCACCGUGCGUCCGCGCCAGGUUCAGUCCCUUGCUAGUUUACUGCUGUAAUACAGAUCAAGUACGUUAAAUUUUGCUAUGGCCGCUGAGGAAGAUGUCAAGCAGAGGCAGAUCAUUGAAACACGUGCGAGAAAUAUUAGCCACAAUGUUCGGUGCACUGAGUGUGGUAGCCAAUCUAUUGAAGAUUCACAAGCUGAUGUUGCAAUUCUGCUUAGAAAGCUCAUUCGUGAUGAAAUAAAAGCAGGAAAGAGUGAUAAAGAGAUCUACAAAAAACUAGAAGAUGAUUUUGGAGAGACGGUUCUAUAUGCCCCUAAAUUUGAUAUUCAGACUGCUGGGAUAUGGCUGUCACCUGUCAUUGUGGGUGGUAUAGCAGCUGGCAUCUGGGCUUAUCAAAAGCACAGGCAAAGGACAAACGUUCACAUUAUGGCUCUGAACCUAGUUCGAGGGGUUCCCUUGACUCCAAGGGAGAAGGAGACCAUGCUUGACAUCCUCACACCGCCACCGUCGCCAGGGAGAUGGUGGUGGCUAGGCAAGUAAUAUUCAUGUGCUUAUCAUGCGAUAAAAACAUUCCAUUCCAAUUGCAGGAGCAUACAAAUUAUCAGGAUGGCUAAUUUCUGCCUCGGAAGUUCUGAUGCACAUUGCACAUAUGUGAACUUUUGAUCACGAAUUUUGGUUUAAUGCCACAUCCACGAUGUCUCUACUGCGUGGUACUAGCAGUUGGCAGCUGUGAAAA